AUGAUAGAAAUAGUGGAGGUCGACGACUUUCUCCAUAACUUGGAGAAGGCCUCCAAUAUCGAUCUGCAAGUUGUUACUCCCACCCUUCCCCUCUUCAAGGCGAACUCAGUUUCCGACGACGCUACUGCCCAGCGCUCAAUCAUAGGCGACGCAAAGGGAGCAUUCAAAGCCAUUCUUGCAAAUUGUUUUUUGCUCGCUUUCAACAUGAGUCCUCACGCAGAAUUAUCAUCGACUUCUUCGGAAAACCCUGCUCCAGCUGUACAAAGGGCGUUUGACGGGUUUCUCACCGAGAAUAUCAAUGAGAACCAUUUGCCCUCGGUCGAAAACCGAUCUCAUUUGCGCUACACCCCAGAGGAGGAAGUUCAUGACCUGGUGUGUGUCGGGUUUGGCCCAGCUUCCCUCGCCAUUGGCGUGGCUCUUCAUGAUGCUUUGGACGGCACUGAUGCGUCCCUGAUGGAUGUGCCUGGACUUCAAACCAGAUCGCCAAAGGUUGCCUUCCUCGAGAAGCAGUCGCAGUUUGCAUGGCACGCUGGUAUGCUUCUUCCUGGUGCAAAAAUGCAAAUCACUUUCAUGAAAGAUAUGGCAACCUUGCGAAACCCCCGCAGCGAGUUCACCUUCUUGAACUACCUGCACCAAAAGGACCGACUCGUCGAGUUUGCCAACUUGAACACCUUCCUACCCGCACGAGUGGAAUACGAAGAUUACAUGAAGUGGUGCGCAAGCUGGUUCGAGGACGUGGUAUCUUACGACCAAGAAGUGGUCAAGGUUGUGCCCGAAAAGUGUGCCAGCGGCGAAAUCACCACCUUCACAGUUGUGUCUCGCAAUCAGCUUACAGGCCGAACGGAAGCGCGGAGAACUAAGCAUGUGGUCAUCGCUGCUGGAGGACGGCCCAACAUUCCCCGGCCAUUUCCUUCCCAUCACCCCAAGGUCAUUCAUUCUUCCAAGUUUGCAUACACGUCGAAGCAAGUACUUCCGGAUUACCAGGCGCCUUACAAGGUUGCCGUUAUCGGUAAUGGCCAAAGUGCAGCAGAGAUCUUUGACUUUUUGCAUGCAAACUACCCCAACUCACAGACGCGUUUGUUGAUCAAAGGAGGGGCGUUGCGACCCAGUGAUGACUCGCCCUUCGUCAACGAAAUCUUCAACCCCUCGCGCGUAGACUCGACCUUCAAUCGCGAGUCUAGGCUCCGGAGCACUACGCUGCUCGAAGACAAGGGUACCAACUACGGUGUAGUCCGUCUGAAUCUCCUCGAGCAUAUUUACGAGACUCUGUACAUGCAACGCAUCCGCUAUGGCUCUUCGCCCGAAGCCGAAGCAACACAGUGGCCGCAUCGGAUCAUGCCAUACCGCCGCGUCAUGGAGGUAGGCGACUCGCCCGUCCUCAAGAAUGGCGUCCGUUUGACGAUCCAAGACCAGUCCCCUCUGUACUUUAGCGAAGUACCGGGCGGGCAGGAGCGCAAAGAGGUAAUGGACGUGGAUGCAGUCUUUGUUGCUACGGGUUACCUGAGGGAUUUGCACGAGACGUUGCUCCAGGAUGCCAGACACCUCAUGCCUGGUGGUGACUUGGCCGAUGCAAAGUGGACGGUGCAGAGAGACUACAAGAUUCGAUUCGAGGAGAAGCGAGUUGCGGAGGAUGCGGGUGUUUGGCUACAGGGCUGUUGUGAGACUACGCAUGGUCUGAGCGAUACGUUGCUUUCAAUUCUUGCCUGUCGUGGUGGAGAGAUGGUCAGGUCUCUUUUUGAGCAACCGACCAAGUGGGAUAGCGGCGAUGUGCUGGGUGGGUUUGAAGAGAGGAACUAG